AUGGUCGAUCAGCUUAAUGUCAACUAUGAGUAUCUCGAGAAUGCCUUGUGCAACACCACUGGAACCACUCCUCUUGCCGAGAGAUUCCGUGCCUUGUUCACAUUGAAGAACAUUGCCGACGAUCGCUCGAUUGACAUUAUUGCCAAAGCUCUUGCUGAUGAUUCUGCUUUGUUGAAGCAUGAAUUGGCUUAUUGUCUUGGUCAGAUUGGUAACCCCCGUGCCAACUCUGUUCUUACAAAGGUCUUGGCUGAUCCUAUUGAACACGAGAUGGUUCGCCAUGAGGCUGCUGAAGCCAUUGGUGCUAUUGGAUCGAUUGAGAUGUUGCCUGUUUUGGAAGAGUACUUGAAGGAUCCCAACCAGUCUGUGGUUGAGACCUGCGAAUUGGCCAUUGACAAGAUCCGUUACGACAAUGAUCCCAAGAACAAGGCCGAGAGAGAGGCCAACAAGAGCUGCUACAAUUCUGUUGAUCCUGCCCCACCAAGCACCUCGACCAAAUCGAUCGAAGAACUCCGUUCUCAGUUGAACAACACCGAUCUGUCUCUCUUUGAACGUUACAGAGCCAUGUUUGCUCUGCGUGAGAUUGGAACUCCCGAAGCUGUUCUUGCUCUUGCAACUGGAUUAAAGGACAAGAGUGCCCUCUUUCGUCACGAAGUGGCUUACAUCUUUGGCCAAAUGCAGCAUCCUGCCUCAGUCCCUGCUUUGACAGAAACCCUGAGGGAUAGUAAGGAAGCACACAUGGUCCGCCAUGAAGCUGCCGAGGCUUUGGGUUCAAUUGCCACUCCUCAGGUUCUUGAGAUCCUCGAGUCUUUUAGACAAGACAAUGAGCAGGUUGUUCGUGAAAGUUGUGUGGUUGCUCUUGAUAUGUACGAGUACGAAACAAGUGGUGCAUUCCAAUAUGCUGAUGGCCUUGAGAAGCAAGGAGAGGCUCAAAACAUGCACUCCCUCAAAUUGGCUUAA